CGAAAUGUUUAUUAAAAUCGUCAAGACGUAGCAUUUAGAAAACCUAAUAAAUAUGAAACCAGUUUGGCUUCUUCAAUACUCCUUUAUAUUCGUACAACUUUUAACAGUUGUCAUCAGUAAAAGUUAUUAUACUAUAAUCGCACCGGGUACAAUUAAAUCGAAUCGUAAAUAUCCCGUAACAGUAACACUACAUAAUGCCGAUGAGCCCUGUACGAUGCGUGUGACCAUUGAGGGUUUAUCAUUUAACGAGACCAAAGAUGUUUAUGUGAAUCCGCUUGAAUCGAAACUAAUAGAGUUUAUGCCACAUAAACUAUCGCCAGGUGAAUACAAAUUAAAAGCGGAAGGUAUUUCGGGUUUGAUUUUUAAAAAUGAAAGUAUUUUAAACGUACAGUCCGAUUAUGGUCCACAUAUUUAUAUACAAACUGAUAAGGCGAUUUAUAAACCAAAAGAUUUGGUACAAUUUCGUGUUGUAAUAUUGGAUGAACAUACAAGACCUUUAAAAAUAAAGGAACCCAUACGUAUUGAGAUAUUGGAUAAUCUUGAUAAUCGUGUCAAACAAUUUAAAGACAUAUCGCUUCAAAAAGGUGUAUAUACAGGACAAUUUCCCCUAUCUGAAUAUCCAGUUUUAGGUCUUUGGAAAAUUAAAGUUAUAAUAAGCGGAAAAUAUGCUUACUCCCAUUACAAAACCAUAACAGUUCAAAAAUAUGUUUUACCAAAAUUCAGUAUUCACAUAAAAUCUCCCGAAAAUAUAUUACGUGAAGAUGGUAGUCUUAAAGUUGGCUUUUAUGGUAAAUAUACUUACGACAAAUAUGUGGCAGGAUAUGCCAGAAUUGAAUUAUGGGAUAACUGGAAUGGCAAACUUCUGGAAACAAAACAACUCGAGGUGGAAAGUGUAGGAUUUGUAGAGUUUCAUUUUGAUACAACAAAAGAUUAUAAAAGUUUUAAAAUAGAAGUACAAUUUACCGAAAAUUUAACGGGCAUAAUGCAAAGUGAAAAACGUUAUGUGAAUAUAAAAAAUCAAAAAUAUAAUAUUAGAAUACCAAAAGAAGAAAUCGAAUUUCGUAAUAAUAAACCAUAUCGUUUGAAAGCUCAUGUUGAGCAUUGGUCGGGUGCAGCUGUAUUGGAUCGUGAGACAAAGGUUGUAAUGAAACAUGGCAAUAAACUAUAUGAAUCGUAUUUAGAUGGUUUUGGGGUGGCAUCGUUUGAUUUUGAUCAUAAAUCUAUGUCGGAUCAUUUAUUUACAUAUAAAGAUUCACAAGAAAAAUUCCCGAAUAUUUUGUCGCAUGAAAGUUUAAAGCUUAACGAGACUGAAUACUAUUGUCGUUUGAAAUUGCUUGGAGAAGGUCCACGUCUAGGUAAAACUAUUGAAAUCGAAAUAAGUUCCAUCGAAAAGAUACCCUAUUUUGUGUAUACAAUAAUGGGUCAUGCAACGAUUGUACACAUGGAACUGAUCAAGGUAGCAGCAAAUCAAAAAUCAUUUAUUAUUCGCAUAACACCAUCCAUUGAAAUGAUACCCACAUCGUUUAUAUAUGUUCACUAUAUACAAAAUGGCAACUUAAGAUAUGAGGAAUUAGAGCUUAAAUUUCCUCAUGAAUUUGAAAAUCAGAUAUCACUUUUAGCUGCCACAGAAGUAGUACCUGGCAAAGAGGUUACAAUCGAAAUAAAAGCUGAACCCAACUCAUAUGUUAGUAUAUUGGCAGUAGAUUUAAGUGUUUUUCUACUGGACCCGAGUUAUGAUUUGAAAAAACAUGAAAUACUUUUAGAAUUGGCCAAUGAUCUAUCGUAUACGAAUAGAGCAGUAGUCAUAUAUCCGGGUAUUAUAUCCGGCCUAAUAACCUUAACCAAUGCACAUUAUCCAUACUCUAGUACUCUUCCCGGCACUGAGUUUAGACCUGCUAGCAGUUUUCCUCCUAAGUUUCGUAGUAAAUUUCCGGAAACAUGGAUCUUUCAAAAUUUGGAAAUUCAUGACAGCAGUACCCAGUUAACUUUACAAAUACCCGAUACUAUAACUACUUGGCGUAUUACGGCAUUUUCAAAUAAUGAUAUUAAGGGAUUUGGUAUAGUCAAUGAACCCACUGAUAUUACCACCAUUAAGUCAUUUUUCAUAACCCUUAACUUACCAUACUCUGUAAAACGUGGUGAAAUUGUUGCUAUACCCAUAAUAAUUUUCAAUUAUCAUGAACAAUCUCUGGACACUGAAAUUGUUAUGUAUAAUGAUAAUCAAGAGUUCUAUUUUAUGGAAUCAAAUUUACAGGAAGCCGAGAAAUCCGAAGAUGAUCGAAAACAAAUAAAGCAAUUGCUGGUUUCGGCAGAAGGUGGUAAAACUGUUACAUUUUAUAUAAAUCCCAUACAAUUGGGUGAAAUAGACCUAAAAAUUUCUGCCACGAAUUCUCUAUUUACCGAUGCUAUUGUGAAAAAACUUAAAGUGGAACCAGAAGGUGUAAUAAAAUAUCACAAUAAAGCCAUGUACUUAAGUGUGCCACCCGAUGGAACGCUUUCAUCAUUCUUUUUGCUGCUAUUUCCCGAGGAAAAAGUUCCCGAUUCAGAAUAUAUCACUUUAUCGGUAGGUGGUGAUUACUUAGUGCCAACUUUAGAUAAUUUGCAAGAUUUAGUUAAUUUACCCUCGGGUUGUGGUGAACAGAAUAUGGUGAACUUGGCUCCCAAUAUUUUAAUAUUACAUUACCUAAAGAUCAACGGUAAAUUGGGAAAGGAAAAGGAGCUGGUCAGAAAACUGCGCUCAUUUAUCGAUAUGGGUUAUCAACAACAGUUAUCGUUUCGUCAUACAAAUGGUGGUUAUAGUGUUUUUGGUGAGAGAUCAGACCGUGAGCCCAGUACUUGGCUUACGGCGUAUGUUGUACGUUUUCUCAUAAAAUCCGCCAGAAUUGCUCCCGUUGAAACGCGUAUUAUAGAAAAGGAUUUGGAUUAUUUGGCGAAUCAACAAGUGCCAAACGGAGCAUUUCUACGUAAGGGUUAUCUAUUUAGUCCCACACAUCAGAAUCAAUAUGGACUAACGGCAUUUGUGUUGUUGAGCUUUUUGGAAGAUCGUAAAUAUGCUCUUAAAUAUCAAAAUACCAUUCAAAAAGGUUUAGAGUUUCUCAAUUUUAAUUUAAAUCAUAUUAAAGACGUCUAUGCUCUUUCCAUUGUGGCGUGUGCUCUGAAAAUGGCCAAAAAUAAUAACGCUGAUAGUGUCAUAGAGAAAUUAAAACAACAAAGUAAAACCGAUGUCAAUGGUCUCAUGUGGUGGUCGGGUGGUGAUAGAAAUACAGCAAAUGAUGUUGAGAUAACAGCUUAUGCUCUAAUGGCCCUAGUGGAAACACCAGGCGAUCAUAGUCCCAUACUAAAAUGGUUAAUACAACAACGUAAUGCUCAAGGUGGUUUUAAGUCGACACAGGAUACGGUGGUGGGUCUUCAGGCAUUGGUGAAAUUUUCUGAAAAAUAUAAAAAUCUUAAUAACGUUAAUUUGACUGUACGUUAUCAUGCGCAAGAUCAAGAAGGAAUUGAUAUGCAGUACAGAGAUUUUAAAGUGGAACCGGAUAAUGCUCUAAUAUUACAACAACAUGAGUUACCCAAAUCCACGCGUCAUAUAAGUUUCGAGGUUAAAGGUACUGGACAAUCUCUAAUACAGCUUUCCUAUCAAUACAACAUAAUUGAAGUAACUCAGUUUCGUCACUUUCUAAUAAAUCCCAAAGUAAAAUUGCUAAAUCCUCAUGAAUUGGAGUUAGAAAUUUGUUUUACUUAUCAAAUGCCCUCAGAAUUGACAAAUACUAAAACUAAUAUGGUUAUAAUGGAAGUAAAUUUACCUUCAGGUUUUCGUUCAGAUGCCGCAACGGAAUUCGAUAUUGACGACAAUGAAUCCAUACAAAGAAUCGAAUCGAAAAAUUCCGAUUCCACAAUAAUUUUAUAUUUCGAUAAUUUGUUGGCAAAUGUUGAGAAUUGUUUGAAAGUUGCAGCCGAAAAAAUAAGUGAUGUAAUUAAACCAAAACCUGCUGCUAUAAUUGUUUAUGAUUAUUAUAAUUUAAGUCGUUCUAAUACACAAUUUUAUAAUGUUGAAAUAUAAAUUAAAAGUGUUUUUUCUUAUCU